AUGGACUUCUCUCUUUCGGAGACUCUUUCGAAGAGCAGCACGGUCAAUGUUCUGUCAUACUUUUCCUGCUGAACCGCCUCUGAGUCACGGUUGUCAUGGCAUAUGUUAAUGUGUGCGACUCUCCUCCCCCGUGCCCUUGUCAAGUUCCCUCGAUUCCGCCCCGCCGUCAUUCUUUAUUCACGGACUUGUAGCGCUGCCCAUUCUACCCCUCUAACACGCCUCCAUCCUCAAUCCUCUACCCCCAACUCAUAUACUCGGCAACACCUGCACAAGCACAGAGCUGCUUUUUCCAUUUCGUUCAUGAGACGUCCCGAAUCCCGCAGCCCUUCUCACCGACCGGAAAAAAGACGGCGCCUGUCUGUGGCUGCCUCGCGCGAGAACACCAUGAGCGAAUCCACCGAUACUCUUCCUGAAAUCCAGUUGACGCCUCUCGAGAAUACCCUUAAAACCCUCCUACUUGAUGUUGCACAGUAUAUACAUGAACGAAGGUGCGCAGAAGGUUCGCAUGAUGGGAACGCCUCCGGCACUGUCUUGCGAUUCACUGGAGGAUGGGUGCGCGACAAGUUGCUCGGAGUGGACAGCCAAGAUAUCGAUGUUGGCAUCAAUAACAUGACUGGAUAUCAGUUUGGGCUCCUACUGAAAGAAUACAUGGACAUCCCUGGCACCUUGGACAAAUACCGGAAGGAUCAUGCGAGCGGCGAUCUAGGCAAAGAGCUUGUCAGUCUGCAUAAGAUCGAGGCGAAUCCGGAGAAAUCCAAGCACCUAGAAACAGUGACGACGAACAUUUUCGGCUUCGAUGUAGACUUGGUCAACUUGAGGAAAGAGACAUAUACUGCCGACAGCCGGAACCCUCAGAUGGAAUUCGGAACAGCCGAGGAAGACGCGUUGCGCCGGGACGCCACCAUCAACGCACUUUUCUAUAAUCUCAACGAGUCCAAGGUCGAAGAUUUGACCAGACGCGGUCUUCGGGAUAUGCAGGACCAGAUCAUCCGCACCCCAUUGGAGCCAUAUCAAACAUUCCAGGAUGACCCAUUGCGUGUGCUACGACUAAUCCGUUUCGCAAGCCGCCUGGGAUACCUGAUACACCCUGAAACCGAGGCGGCAAUGCAGAACGCUCAUAUAGGCGAGGCUCUAAAGCUUAAAAUCAGCCGUGAGCGAGUCCUGAAGGAACUUGAAAAGAUGCUUUAUGGACCUGAUCCUCGCGGUGCCCUACAUAUAAUAGAUCGUCUAGGUCUUUAUCCGACUAUCUUCGCUAAUUUCCAAGAUGAUGCCACUGUUGAGACUUCAUCCUGGCCUUUCGCCUACAACACAGUAGAGAGACUGAUACGGCCUACUGGUGUCGACCCUCGACAGACAGUGGAACAAGUUCGAGACUUUCUCAUUCGCGACAAGCAAGAGGAGUUCUACGCCUGGAUGCUCUCAGCAAUGGCUCCGUGGUCAAAGGUCCCAGGCCGCCCCCCAAAAGGCAAAGGGCGGCCACCACCGCCUCGGGCUGCAGAGGUUGCCAAAGAAAGCUUGCGAGCUGACAACAAAGUAAUAUCUGUUGUGGGAGAUGCGGCAGCAAGUUGGCAGUCGAUUAUUGAGGUAAAGAACUCAAUCUUGGAAGGGGCUGUGAGUGGAACGGCAAUGGAAGUUCGCAGGCACGUUGGGUUGCACAUUCGUUCUUGGAAAAAGGACUGGAGGCUGUGCAUUGUUCAGGCCAUACUUCAGGAGGUCAUGAGCGGACGCCAGUAUGACCUAGUGGUCGAAGAGUAUGCCCGGUUUAUCGGGUACAUCAAGGAACAAGGCCUACAAGAUGUAUACGAUCUGAAACCGCUUGUUAAUGGCGAUCAAGUCAUGAAGACAAUGGGUGGUAAAAAGGGACCAUGGCUGGCCAAGGCAUUGCAGAUGGUGGUUGAAUGGCAACUAGUGCAUCCCGAGUCAAACGAUCAGGAGGAAGUCCUGAAAGUCUUAGCUGAUAAAAGACAAGAGCUUGGGAUUUGAUAGAGUCAAAAUCUAUGAAUAGAAGUUAGCGCAUAGCUGAACAAUUUUUGGUGGUCUC